UUCGACCUUGAACUUUACAUUUGUCAAAAUUUUACUUUUAACUGCAAUUGUAAACAAACAGGCGUUAAACAGACAUUUUAGCAUAUAUAUAUAUAUACUUGAUUUUAUUGGAGGUAAGUUAAAGUGAAUGAGAGAAUACCUGAAAAUGUGUUUGCACAGAUAUAGUUUUAACAGCAGAAAGCCAGUGUAACUGUUACAAUGAGCUGGUUUAAAAAGAGAACUGAUUCCAAGAACUCCUCAGAUGCCAGCAGUGUAAAUAGUGAAGGACCGAUGGAGCGUCGGAGCCGGCGUGACACGGAUCCAGCCACAUGCCUUGAGGUGUUCCGAAAUCACUGGGACCAGGCUUACAACAUUAUUAGUAGAGAUGUGGAGAAUGGAACAAAGUCAACAGAUGAUGAGAUAAAUACAGUCAGUCAUAACUUCGAGCAGAUGAUCACUCUACUUGCCGGGGAAGCCGGAGAAGAUGGGCAGGGAAUGCCAGGUCCGAUCCUGCAUUACCUGCUAGAGCACGAGAUCCUUGAAAAGUUCUGUGGAUGGUGUCACAGGUACCACGAUGAUGUGGGCAAAUUGGUGCAGGAACAGCUCCGAAUGUUUGAACAUUUGAUAAGUCAGUCAAAUCAGCUGCUUUUAAUUCAUAAACCUGUGAUACGUCCACUGUUGAACCUUCUUGCUUAUUGUUCUGAUGACAAUACAAGUGGUAUAGAGGCAAGUUUGGUGCUCGUUUUACAUCAGCUGUGUGUGAGCAUUUCAAAAGAGACUGUUAUACUGGAGAGUGUGUUCAACAUGAAUGCUGAUCAUGGUCCGACUAAAUUCCUCAUAUUUUCUUUGCUCAUCCCAUACCUACACAGGGAAGGAAAGGUGGGUCAGCAAGCUAGAGAUGCCCUGCUCUUGAUCAUGACAAUGUCUUCAAAACAUCCUUAUAUUGGGAUAUAUAUUGCAGAGAACUCAGACUUUUGUCCUGUGCUGGCCACAGGAUUGAGUGGAUUAUACUCUGAUCUGCCACGUAAGAUUGUGAUCCCGUCAGAGAACUGGUGCCAGAUUACUGAUGAUGAUGUUCAAAAUAUUCCUGAAAUGGCGAUGUUUCUUAACUCCCUUGAAUUUUGUAAUGCUGUAGCUCAGAUUGCCCACCCACUUGUACGAGACCAGCUCAUCAAGUUUAUAUACAACGGCUUCCUUGUCCCAGUGCUCGGACCCGCUCUUCAUCAGGACAUAUCGGGGCUUCCUACCCCGCUUCUUGAUUCACCAAUGUUUUCGAAUUCUCGUGAAGAGGUGAUCACAGCUACAGCCUAUCUAGAUUUGUUUUUACGGAAGAUUUCUGAGCCAUGUCUUGUGAAAGCUUUCUUGAUGUUCAUCUUCACUGAAAAGAAUGAUGAAAUUGUUAUCUUAGAUUCUCUUAUCACUAGAAUCAACAGCAGCUCCAAGCUGUGCCUUGUAUCGUUGUCCCUAUUCUACACAUUGAUAGAUCUCAACUGUGAAGAUGCUAUGUUUGAUCUCGUCUUCAGGUACCUGAUACCAUGUACCCAUGUGAUGAUCAGUCAACGGCGAUCUGUCAGAGAUCAUGACAUCUAUUGUAGAAGUGCCGAAAAGUUCCUUUCUCUCAGACCUACCUGUUGCCUACCUGAGAUAGACAGCCCAAAACACAAAUUCAAAACUAAAGUUAGCAACGGCCUGGGUGAUCUACCUGGUCUUCCCACUAACAAUUCUAACAGUCCUCGUCUACCUAAAGUAUUCCGUUCUCGGAAGGAUCGCAACAAAAAGCAGCUGAUUAAGAGUGAGCCUGUAGUUGAUCAAGUGAGCACGGCUUUUCCUCCCGGCACUUUUGGAAGCAAGUUGGAACAUUUUGAGACAACUUACUUAGAAUAUCUGCAAGAAGCCCGUGUACGACUCAAGAAAUGUAACCAGGCAUGUCGAACGUGGCAGUAUUUGUAUGAUGGUGAAAACCCAGCUCCGACUUGUUUAGGUGCAGAUGUAGGGAACGUUUCCCAUGUUUUAAAUAUUUCUGUUUCUGACUCAAAUUUACAUCAGAGGGAUGUAAAUAGAAGUAGUGUAAGUGAUGAGGAAAGGGAGAGACAUGUUACUGAUAGUAUCAAAAGUGGUCAGAUCAGGGGUCAGAUAGGAAAACAUAAAAUUGUACAGAUCAAUGCUAGCAGCUGUGAUAGUAGUGUAGAACAUACUGACUUUAAUUCAUCUGAAAGUGCAAUAGCAAGAAGUGAUAUUGAGAAAAAUGAGAUUCUUCAGAAAAGAAAUAUGGCCAGUUAUAGAGAAACAUUUACUUCUGAUAAAGAAUUAAUGCAGUUUUUGGAUGAAAGUGGGAGUCCUUCGGAUAAGUCUGUUUCUUUGGAGGAGAGUGUUAAAUGUUUAGAUACUCUUUUAUCUUGUGUCUCUGCUUCAAUUUCACGAACUUCAACACCGAGAAAAGAUUUGAGUAAUGAAGCUACACUGGACAGUAAUUUUGGAGAGGAAAAUGAAAUGAGUACAGUAUAUUAUGAUUGUGAAACAUCACAAAAUGAGGCUGAAGACGUGUUCAAAUCCAUUAAUGAAACUUCAUACGACAUCAUUGAUGAUCCAACCAAGAGUAAAAUCAACAAUGCAACAGAGUUUGAAAUUGUAGAUUCACAGAGUUUAAACAAUAACAAUGUCUCAAGUAAAUCCAAGAACAUGACUUCAUUUGUUGAUAUAACAUCGGAACCAGACCAGAGUGUCUUACAACCAAAAAAUCAGGAAAGAACGAAUGAACUUGAUAUAGAAAAACUUGAUGAUGAUGCUCUAAAUAUUGUUGAUGAUCACUAUAAGGCCCAGGUUAAGAGUGGUAUUCUAGUGACAAAAUCAAUAGAAAAAGAUGCAACUGAGUCUUCUCAUGAGCAGAAAGACUUACCAAAGGGAGAUAAGUCUGUAAGGUUUGCAGCGGAUGCCUCCUCGGCACCCAAUCUACUGGAGUUUUCAUCUCCGUCUGUUCUUGGUGUAGGCAUGACAUCUGUUAGACAGUCAACUACUCCAAAUAUCGGACCAUUUUUGAUGGCCGUAUUGUUGAAACUUGAGGGAAUGAUGCAGAACUCUCUUCCUGUCAACCUGAUGCUGACUGGGCUGAUUUCUAGACUUGCUGUAUAUAGACAGCCCCUUUUGAGGUCCUUCUUGCUCAACAACAGCCUUGUUUUCCAACCAACUGUCAAGUCUCUUGUUCAGGUGUUGACAAGUGUGAGACAGAAAGUAGAUCAUUAUUCUUACACUGUGCAGAAUUUUGAGGCUCUUUUACUGAGAGCUCGCAGAACUCUUGCACAAAGGGAGGGUCUGUUACCAGAGAGGGGUCAAUCAUUGACCCCUAGUCCUGAAUUAGUCCACAACAAAUUGAGGGCUUCAACAGUCACAGAAAUUCCAUCUAAAGAAAAACGUCACAGAACUUUAUCAGAACUACUUUUUCGACGAAACCCAAACGAUAAGAAAAUGGGGUCAGCUUCAAGUGCUAAAGGUGCAAAGUUAGAAAUUCUUGCCGGAAACAAGGGAAUGCGAUACAUUAAUCGUAAACAAGAAGAAAAACGAGAGCAGCAGGUUGAAUCAGUGAAAACUCGCAACGCUGUAUACUGUGCAAUUGUACUUGAAGAAUUUGUAAAAGAACUAGCGGCUUUAUCCCAGGAACAUGCUUUGCUAAUAGAUGAGGAUGAAUGGUGUGAGAGGUGAUUACUGGUCAAAUGAUUUCUUCAAAUAUGGCUAUAUAUCUAUAUUUUUAUCUUAUGUGCAAGUGGAAGAAUUUGUAUUAGGUUCAAUUUACUUUUUACAGACAUUGGAUAUAUUACAUAUUAAAACAGAGUUAUCAGUAAGAAUAAAAAUGUGAGGCCAGAUAACUUAAUAUUUUUGUGCUUACCUGUUCUUGCCAAUAUUUGUUUGUGACUCGUCACUUUUAUCAGAGUUUGUCUCGAACAGAAAAGAAAAUUCUUGAUUGUUCAGAUCAUGUCAACUUAAACAGUUUUUGUUUUGUUUUAAGAAUAUAUAUAAUAUUAUAAUAUUAAAAAGAGAAGUACUUGCUUCAGAUUAGAAACUUAUUUAAGCACUUUAAAGAUAGUUUGACAACUAAUCUGUUUGUAUAAAGUGAAUGAACAGUUUAUUGUAAAACAUUUGAAGAGUAAGUAAUUAGCACAUCUGGUAAUUAUGUAAUCCAAAAUUUGAAGGUUAAAAGAUCUUUUGUUCCGCAGAAAAAUAAAUGUAAAGGUUUCCUAGGGAUUACUUGAAAAAAUAAUUACUUUUCUUUCAACAAUCCCAUCAAAUAUAUUAAAUUUUAUAUUGACCUUCAGUUAAUGGAGAAUGAUGAUGCUUUAAUCUUCAAGACUUCCAGUUACCUCUGUUGCAUGUGUUGUUACAAUGAAAUCUAAUAUAUUAAGGGGACAUAAUUAUUUGGGUUGGGGGCAGCUUAUUGCCAUGUAUCAGCUUUACAUAUUUAGUUUAUAUUUUAUCCAGUCUAAAUGGCCAUCUUUAUAGGUAUUUUAUGAUAAGUUUUAUGCAUCAGGUAAAACAUAAAUUGGCAACAAAUAUGAAUGCUUGUUCCUGUCUAUUUUGGAUGUUGGCAUUGAAUAUAGCUAAGCUUAGCACUGUUAGCUUUAUACAAUCUUCAGGUAGCCACAGCUAUUUCUAUAUUUUACAUCUAAGGGACAUGGGAAGCAAUAUUUUCUGGAGUGAAAAUGUAAGAUCUGGUGUUCACACAAGAAAGAUGCUUGAUCUUAACAUGUAAGACAACAGAUUUUCUUUUGCAUGCUUUCAAUAGUUUAAAUCAAAUUUUGUUUAUUUGAAAUCUUUACUCUGUGAAAUUAUAUGAUUAUUUCACACUUUUUUCAGUAACUCACAAAAAAACACGUUUAUAAAAUGACACAGUUUUAUGUUGUAUGUAUAAGUUCUUUAUGUCCUGUAUUCAGCAUCUUUGAAGGCUAAAUGAAAUAAUAAAUUAGUUUUUUCAGAGUUUGUGCAAUUGUAAAAAUUCCCAUUUUUCGUAUAAUUUAUUGUCAUUGCUGAAAACCAGUAUUUUAGGAAAUCUGAUGAUAAAAAAAUAUUUAAAAUUAAUGUAAUAUGAUAUCAGUUAAAGUUUAAAAAGAAUUCAGAUGUUAUCAAUUGUUUUUGCUUGUAUUUGGGACAUUUUUUCCCCAUCAAAAGUCACAUUAACACCAUUUAGGUAAUAUGAUAUGGCAACUGACUAGCCUUCAAUUUGUGCAGGGGUGGGGGGGGGGGGGGGGGGGGAGUCAACCAGCCUCUCUUCUGGUAAAGUCAAGAAAUUUGGGUUUAUAUUCUGUUUUAAUGCUGUCUUUGUUUAAAAAUGUGACUAGAAAAAUAUUUUUAAAAAGCUUGGGUAUUAAAACAAUGGAGCUAAGAUGUGAGCAUUGUUAAUCUAGUGAUAAUUGCAUUUUAGGCCGAUUUACGCUUUAUGAAAAGCAUGAGAUAUGAGAGUAAGUAAAGAAAUUCCAGGCUUAUUUUGUUUCCAUUAAUCAGCUUUGAAAACUAGAUUUUAGUUUAUUUAGCCUUAAAGAUGAUUUUGUGAUUAAAGUACUUGCUACCUAUAUGAUAUUCAGGAGUUGUGAUUUGUACUUUUAUGUUAAGUUAAAGAAAAUGUUUUACUCUGUGUCAUUGCUUCGUUACCUGAUCUAAAUCAGCUUGUUUUAUAACUUACAUAGGAAACAUCUGUAUUUUUAUUAUAGUGGAAUUGUACUGAUUUUAUUUUUAGCUCACCUGUCACAAAGUGACAAGGUGAGCUUUUGUGAUCGCGCGGUGUCCGUCGUCCGUCGUCCGUCCGUCCGUCCGUCCGUCUGUGCGUCCGUCCGUCCGUAAACUUUUGCUUGUGACCACUCUAGAGGUCACAUUUUUCAUGGGAUCUUUAUGAAAGUUGGUCAGAAUGUUCAUCUUGAUGAUAUCUAGGUCAAGUUCGAAACUGGGUCACAUGCCAUCAAAAACUAGGUCAGUAGGUCUAAAAAUAGAAAAACCUUGUGACCUCUCUAGAGGCCAUAUAUUUCAUGGGAUCUUCAUGAAAAUUGGUCAGAAUGUUCACUUGAUGAUAUCUAGGUCAAGUUCGAAACUGGGUCACGUGCCGUCAAAAACUAGGUCAGUAGGUCUAAAAAUAGAAAAACCUUGUGACCUCUCUAGAGGCCAUAUAUUUCACAAGAUCUUCAUGAAAAUUGGUCAGAACGUUCACCUUGAUGAUAUCUAGGUCAAGUUCGAAAGUGGGUCACGUGCCGUCAAAAACUAGGUCAGUAGGUCAAAUAAUAGAAAAACCUUGUGACCUCUCUGAAGGCCAUAUUUUUCAUGGGAUCUGUAUGAAAGUUGGUCUGAAUGUUCAUCUUGAUGAUAUCUAGGUCAAGUUCGAAACUGGGUCACGUGUGGUCAAAAACUAGGUCAGUAGGUCUAAAAAUAGAAAAACCUUAUGACCUCUCCAGAGGCCAUAUAUUUCACAAGAUCUUCAUGAAAAUUGGUCAGAACGUUCACCUUGAUGAUAUCUAGGUCAAGUUCGAAAGUGGGUCACGUGCUGUCAAAAACUAGGUCAGUAGGUCAAAUAAUAGAAAAACCUUGUGACCUCUCUAAAGGCCAUAUUUUUCAUGGGAUCUGUAUGAAAGUUGGUCUGAAUGUUCAUCUUGAUGAUAUCUAGGUCAAGUUCGAAACUGGGUCACGUGCGGUCAAAAACUAGGUCAGUAGGUCUAAAAAUAGAAAAACCUUGUGACCUCUCUAGAGGCCAUAUAUUUCAUGAGAUCUUCAUGAAAAUUGGUCAGAAGGUUUACCUUGAUGAUAUCUAGGUCAAGUUCGAAAGUGGGUCACGUGCCAUCAAAAACUAGGUCAGUAGGUCAAAUAAUAGAAAAACCUUGUGACCUCUCUAGAGGCCAUAUUUUUCAUGGGAUCUGUAUGAAAAUUGGUCUGAAUGUUCAUCUUGAUGAUAUCUAGAUCAAGUUCGAAAGUGGGUCACGUGCCAUCAAAAACUAGGUCAGUAGGUCAAAUAAUAGAAAAACCUUGUGACCUCUCUAGAGGCCAUAUUUUUUCAUGGGAUCUGUAUGAAAAUUGGUCUGAAUGUUCAACUUGAUGAUAUCUAGGUCAAGUUCGAAACAGGGUCAUGUGCGGUCAAAAACUAGGUCAGUAGGUCAAAUAAUAGAAAAACCUUGUGACCUCUCUAGAGGCCAUACUUGUGAAUGGAUCUCCAUAAAAAUUGGUCAGAAUGUUCACCUUGAUGAUAUCUAGGUCAAGUUUGAAACUGGGUCACGUGCGGUCAAAAACUAGGUCAGUAGGUCUAAAAUUAUUAAAAUCUUUUGACCUCUCUAGAGGCCAUAUUUUUAAAUGGAUCUUCAUGAAAAUUGAUCUGAAUGUUCACCUUGAUGAUAUCUAGGUCACUUUCGAAACUGGGUCACGUGCGGUCAAAAACUAGGCCAGUAGGUAUAAAAAUAGAAAAACCUUGUGACCUCUCUAGAGGCCAUAUUUUUCAUGAGAUCUUCAUGAAAAUUAGUGAGAAUGUUCACCUUGAUGAUAUCUAGUUACAAUUCAAAACAGGGUCACGUACCUUCGAAAACUAGGUCAAUAGGUCAAAUAAUAGAAAAACCUUGUGACUUCUCUAGAGACCAUAUUUUUCAAUGGAUCUUCAUGAAAAUUGGUCAGAAUUUUUAUCUUGAUAAUAUCUAGGUCAAGUUCAAAACUGGGUCACAUGAGCUCAAAAACUAGGUCACUAUGUCAAAUAAUAGAAAAAACGACGUCAUACUCAAAACUGGGUCAUGUGGGAAGAGGUGAGCGAUUCAGGACCAUCAUGGUCCUCUUGUUUUAAAUAGUUAUCAAGUUUUAAAGAUAACUGAUAGUAAUCAUAAGUUUUAGAAUUAAUUUGAAGAUUGGGUAAGGAAACUGCUUAUAAAAUCUUGCACUUUAGUUUUAAGUUUUUCAUGAUUUUGUAUUGUUGACUACACAACACAGUUUUAUCUGCUUUCUUGGAUGCUAUGUUCUAUUCUCAUUCACGUCCAGGCUUUAGAACAUCACAUAUGUUACAGUACAAGAAUUUGUGAAAACAAGGCUAUUCGGCUACUAAACUUAUUAAUAACAGCUUUUUUUUUUUACAGAAGAUCAAUAUGUGACAAGACUUUAUGUAGUCAUUUUUACUACCUCUUAGGUAAGGCAACUUAAAUAUACCUAGAAGGAGCAGUGAUAUGCGUUCUAGAGGUUGCCAUGGAAACACCAUUAGUAUUUAUUGGUCAGGAAAAUACUGUGCUUAAUACACUUCUAUUCAGUGCCAGAGAUCCUAUGUGUAUGUAACUGUAGUAAAAGUUAAACUUCACCAAAAUGGAACAAAAAUUAGUUUCUUCGCCAAAUUAUCUCACUUAUUUGUUGUAUACAACCUUACAGUUACAUCUCACCUUAUUUCUGCGAGGUCAGUUAAUUUGAAUACUAUGCAACGACAGUCUUACUUCUCUAAUGACACCCCUGAAGAGUAGACACCUCUACAAAGGCUGAUAAUUCUUUUCCUUUAACCCUUACCAUGCUAAAUUUCUAUAAUGAACUUGUCCAUCUUUCAGUUUGGACAGUACCAUUAACUGUUAAAAGGGGUGCUUACCAAAAAGAAACUGAAUGGUGAACAGUGCAGAUCUUGAUCAGACUGCAUAGAUGUAAAAUAAGUUUACAUAGGCAAAUUAAUUACAUGGUUAUGAUUUAGGUGAAAGUUUUGCUAUGCAACCAGAAAAAGUCAGUUUGGCAAUAAGACUUUGUAUGGCCCUUAUUUUACACGACAGGGACAAAAAAUGAAAAUAAGGUGUGAAACUUCAGAAUUAUGUGUAGCUUUCUCUGCUAGUAUUCUUUGUUCUCUAAAUAGAUUGAAUUUGUUGAUCAAUGAAUGAAACCAUUCCUUUGCAUAAAGUAAACACCAUUUUAUUUUAUAACAUUUUAUAAUUAUUUUAAUGAAAGAUAAAAGUUCUUUGUAGAGUGCAAUACAUUUUAAUUGUCAUGAAUUAUUCUGUACAAGUUAAAUAUUUUUCCCUUUGUAUGUAAUUUUUAGCACUUUGAAGCUGAUUUUUAGGUACAAAGUUUAUUCAGAUUUUAUAUCUAGGACAUUCUUCUGAUUUAUUCUGUAUUUUAUAUUAAACAAGAAUAAUUGAAUUUUCUGAAAUGUAAAUACAUGAAUGUUUUAAACAGUUACGUUUCAUCACUAUUUUGGAAUUUUGCCCGAUCAGUACAUAAAUUAUUUGCAAGUCUUUUGUUCCUAGGUCAUUGUAGAUUUUAAAACUGAUAAAAAAAUAGAAGGGUUCAACAUUUCUGUUGCUUUAAACUGUGGCUGUUGAAUUCUUAAAGCCACUGCAUAUUUUAUGUUUUUGUCCAAACUCUGCUACAUCAACCAUUUAUCUCUGUUGAAUUGCAACAGAAUUUCCCCAUUUUUAAACCCAUUGGUGUUAGUUUUAAUACGACUUUCUUGUAUGCUUAAGAAUACAUGUUGGUUCAUUUUUUUACGAAUAUACGAAAAUUAUAUUUAUUGUAACUUUUUAUAAAUGUCUGUGCAAAUUGAAAGCUGUGUCCUGUUCACCUGGUAAUUUUAAGUUUUCAUGCUUGUGUGCAUAUAUUUUAAAAUUGGACAAACUUUUACAUUUUUUGUGUAACUUAUUUAACAUAUCAACUUAUAAUGUAUGCACCUAUUGGGGGCAGCAGGUACAUAUACAGUACAUCCAGAUAUAAGGAGAACUUAAAAAACUACAGAGUUGUUAAUACAACAUAUUAAGAACAUUGAAAAUAGAGCAUACCGGGAGUAUAAAUGCAUGGGUUUUCUAUGAAGUCUGUUUAAAGUAGCUGCUUUGAUGUAGACAAUAGUGUGAUGAGCUGUAUUUGACAGUCUUCAGUUGAUUGAAUAGGGAAAUCAGGACAAUUAUUUACUUGAUUUUGUAGAUUAUUCAUGGCAUGAUUAUCCACAGUGUGAGAUAUCAUUAUCACUUAAAUCAUUUUAAAGCCAAAUUGUUUAAAUAAUCCUUUGCGCAGGAGUUUUUUAGUCACAGUGUUGUCUAUACCAGAUGUCACGUUGUAACCAGCUAUAUAUUUAUGAUAAUUUUUACACAUGGUUGUAAACCAAGCGAGACCAAAUAAAGUGCAGCUUUUAGCCAGAUGCACAGUCUAAGGCCAAAAUAUGGCCUUGUUUGUCAGUAUGGUAAAGGUUUCAUGUUUUUGUCCCAACAGUCAUUUAUUAAGUGUUUGUUUGUUUGUGGUAAACAAGAGGUGUCAUUUCUUAUACACGAAGCUAGAUUUUUAAUGCUGUUCAGUUUUAUGUGUUAAGCCUGCCUGUAUUUUAACGAACCAAGGACAUAUCUUCCUGCUAUUUAUUUACAGUAUACAUGUACUCUUUAUUAUAACCCUAGUCAAUGUAGUAUACACCGCAAUAAAUCACAUGGAGAAACA